GCCAACAGAUAUCAUCAGUCUGUAAGAUAAUAGAGGCAAGCCAGGUGUACAGGGGAUGAGGGUGUGCGUAUGUUUCAUUUGGUUUGGAAAUGUAUGAAUUUGGACAGUCUUAAGAGGAGUAAAUUGACUAUAAUGAGACUAUUAGCCCUUAUUUUUAAACUUGAUAUUUAAGCUUUUUAGCUUGGGGCAGUGUGGAGAAGUGUUUAGAAAGUAGAAGCAAGAAAGCCUCUUGGAAAAAAAAUAGACAAGAUGUCUUACAACUAGCCUGAUGUUUAAGCUUUCUGCAAUACACCAAACCCCUAAAUCACAAGUCUCUGUUUCAGUUUCAAAGUUUCCUCUUUUCUCACUCUCUUUAGGGCACUGGUCCCCAAACUUGCCUGAACAUUGGGGUGACCUGGGCAGCUUCAAAAUAUACUAGUGCCUGAGUUCCACCCACAGAGAUUGUGAUUUAAGUGGUCUUAGGUGUGGCCUGUCUUUGAAAUGAUUUAAAAGACCCCCAGAUGAUUCUCAUAACAAAAUAAUUUUGAGAGCCACUGGGCUUAGCUAAUAUUGGAUGUAUAAAUAUAGACCUUCCCACAACUCAAACACGUUCCACCCUGUAAGACACGCAAGAGAACACUUCCACGUCAGCAUAUCCAAGUGCACUGUAUGGCCUCAGCCUACAGAACCCUUAACUCUUAAAUUUAUCAUCUAUUGAACAAUUUCUAACAUCAAAUUUUGUACUGCUUUCAACACCAAACGUCACUAAUUAAUGAAAGAAAAAUACAGAGGAAUUAUUUGUUUUGUUUCAUUAUGGAGAUAGAUGGUUUCCAGCAGUUAGACCUAGAGAAGAGUGUACCUUCCAAAAAGACUACUCCUAAAAGGAUUAUCCAUUUUGUUGACGGAGACAUCAUGGAAGAAUAUAGCACAGAGGAGGAGGAGGAAGAGGAAAAAGAGGAGCAGAGCACAAAUUCAACACUUGACCCUUCUAAACUUUCCUGGGGGCCCUACGUACGAUUUUGGGCGGGACGAAUAGCAAGCACCUCAUUUUCUAUAUGUGAAUUCCUUGGUGGAAGAUUUGCCGUCUUCCUCGGUCUUACUCAACCCAAAUAUCAGUAUGUGUUAAACGAGUUCUAUAGGAUACAAAACAAGAAAAGUGACAACAAAAGUGAAGGGAAUGGAUCGAAGGCCCAGGCAGCUGAGGUUCCUAAUGAAAAGUGUCACUUGGAGUCUGGGGUCCGAGAGUAUGGAACCAUACAACAGGACACGGCAGAGGCCAUUUCCCCGUGAAGCACCUCAUCCAGGGAGGGUCUGGUGGAACAUCCUAGCUCAUGAUGGCAGCAAAGACUAUAGUUUCUCUGGAUCUCUGUUCCUUGGCCAUUGAUUACCAUGGCAACAACACCAGAGGUAGCACUUCUGAGCCAGAUCUGAUCCUAAUCUCCGUGUGACUUAGUCUCAAGCAUCCAAGAAUUACAAGCAAUGAUGAGAGUGAUUUUGGACACUUUCUCAGAAUAAUUUUUAUAUGCAAGCCAUCCCACCUCAACUCCACCCCUGUGAUACAAGUCCCAUGAGUACUGACAUUUGCACAGUAGCAUAAAUGCCUUAAGGAACUUUGGGACUGGGAGUUUUUGGCUGAAAUCCUCUGUCAUGGGACAAGGGUACAGUAAAGAAGCUCUAUUCCUCAGAAGAAAAUGUGGGCACCACAAAGUCUAAAUAAAUCCCCUUUCACGGUUUGAUAUAGGUGUUUACUUCCAACAACCACCCUGGCUUAGUUGGGGAUUGUUUUACAGUAAGUAAACAUUGCUAAGAACUCUAAGAUCAUUAUCAAGAUCUUUAAGAAUUAGGUACAUCCCUCCAAAUUAAAACAAUCGAUAAAUAAUAUAAGCUCUAGAAAAAAAUAUUUUUAAUGGAUUAUUUUCUUAUUUAUUUGUCAAGAAAUUUUCAAAACCUGGAAAGAUCAAACAUGGAAAUCAUUGUUACAUAACACAGGGUGUGCUGGCCAAAGUAACUGUGAUACAUUAAUAGCAAAAACGAAGCC